AUGGCUUCCACAGACCUUCCAAGUACCUACCGCGCAGCAGUUCGCCAGUCCGGCGGGGUUACUGCAACAACAUCUGUUGUGAACAUCGACAUUCCCAAGGUCGGCCCUGGCCAAAUUCUGGUCAAGAUCACUUGGACGGGAGUAUGUGGCUCUGACAAGUCCCUCCUGCGGGAUGAAUGGUCUGUUUUUGGAGUUGGCAUGAAACCAGAAACCAACGGCAUUGCCGGCCAUGAAGGGGCUGGCGUAGUUGUAGCUGUUGGGGAGAGCGCCAGUGGCCGCUGGAGUGUUGGCGAUCGAGCUGGCAUCAAAUGGAUUGCCAGCGUCUGUGGAGAGUGUGAAUUCUGUCUCAACGGCGUGGAUGAGGUUCAUUGUGUAAACCAGCUCAAUAGCGGCUUCUCCUCGCCGGGCACGUUCCAGGAAUACUGCCUGACAGAUGCUCGAUAUGCAACUAAACUCCCUGAUGGUGUGCUGGACGAAGAGGCUGGACCGAUCAUGUGUGGUGGCGUGACAGCCUACGGUGCAUGCAAAAGAUCGGAUGUCAAAGCUGGCCAAUGGCUAGUCAUUCUUGGGGCUGGAGGAGGCAUUGGUCACUUCGCGAUCCAAUAUGCCAAAGCGAUGGGUAUCCGGGUUAUCGCUGUCGACGGUGGUGAUGACAAGCGGGAUCUUUGCUUCAAACUUGGCGCAGAAAAGUUCAUCGACUUCAAAACCUCGAGUAAUAUCAGUGCCGAGAUCGCCAGCAUCACUCAGUACGGUGCCCAUGGUGUCAUUGUUUGUGCUGCCACCAAAGCUGCUUAUGAGACUGCCCCGACCUACCUGCGCCCUGCAGGAACUCUUGUUACCAUUGGUCUGCCAAAAGACGCUUCGAUUCUUGCAGGAGCCCCUCCAAUUAUGGUAGCUCUCAAGCGAUUGAAAAUCGUGGGCAGUGUUGUUGGGAGCUUGAAAGAAGUGGAAGAGGCACUUGACUUUACUGCGAGAGGACUGGUUAAGCCAAUGCUUAGCAAAGGAAAGCUUGAGGACGUGGACGAGUGGAUUGCUAAGUUGGACGCCGGUGGUGUUGUAGGCCGAGCAGUAUUGCAAGUUAGCAGCUGA